UGUAAUUAUAGCCAGUUGAGACAUUUCUUCAGCGUCGCUUUUCGCGGUCCGAGAGUGAGCGAAAGGUUCCGAGAUGAGGCCGACCGAGUCUGUUGAACCUCCGAGGAGGCAUUACCUAUUUGUCUCGGACUUCCGAGCCGUUUUGGGUGGCCGCCAAUAUCCCGAGGUUAUAUUCUUCAGAGAGAAGGCUAAAUUAAAAAGGGGUUUUAUUAACUAACUGCUACUUUAUCGGCACUUAGCCCUUUUCAACUAGCACACUGAACAACAUUAUGCCCAACGUUCUUGUCACAGGAAGUUCCCGCGGCCUCGGGCUCGAGUUGGUGAAGCAGCUCGCUGUCCGUGCCAGCACCGAAGGAGGAUUGAUUAUUGCUUCGGCUCGAAAGUGCAGCCCGGAGUUACAUGAGGUCAUCUCAGAGUUCAAUGGGACUGUUGUGUUCAUAUCGCUAGAUGUGGCAGAUGAGGCCUCUAUCUCAAAGUCGGCAGAGGAGGCCCGAACGGCCUUGCACCAGCGAAGUCUGGAUAUCUUGAUCAACUGUGCAGGAGUACACAGCGACACUCAUGGAAAGCUGGCUGACAUGUCGGACCUCGCAUUCCAGCUAUCUGUCAACGUGACCGGCACCCAUAAUGUCCUGCGCCAUUACAUCCCGCUCAUGAAAGAUAGCAAGCUCAAGAAGAUCGCGAAUAUUUCGAGCACAUUCGGAUCCCUAACAAAGGCUAAAGACGCGUUAUACGCACCUUGCCCGGCCUACAAGAUCAGCAAAUGUGCCCUCAACCAAUUAACCCUGCAGUACGCACUUUCGUACCAAGACGAGGGCUUCGUCUGUAUUGCAGUAAACCCUGGGUGGCUCCAGAGUGACAUGGGUGGCAAAGAUGCCGACCUCACCCUACCACAAGGGGCACAGGCGGUUUGGAACGUGGUAGAAUUCGCCAGCGCCUCGGAUAAUGGUCGUUUCAAGAACAUCUAUGUGCCAGGCUGGAAGGCCUACGAUGGGCAAGACAUUCCUUGGUAAUCCACUCAGUCGAUGUAUAUAAUCUGCUGUAAGUCGGAGCCUUCGGGCGCGCACAUUCGGUUGUUCAAUAGAC